AUGAUCUUUCACGAACACAUGAUGACUUUGUCUGACGAGAUACGACUCGUUUGGAGCCACAAAUUCAGUGGUGCCACACUCGUGUUCCUUCUCAACCGAUAUCUCGUAUUGUCUCUUGGUGUAGCAAUCGUGCUUCAGACAGGUGUCUGGGACACCGCUCUCGUAAGUACUCUGGCUACUUUCAGCCACAAUAUUCUCUCACAGUCAUAUCUGUUACUCCACAGAGAAGCCGCUGUAGUCUUCUCAGCGCUUCGAGCAUAUGCUAUCGGCGGGCUGGUCUGGUUUCCGGCCGCAGUCACGCUAUUUUUGGGUCUGCUACCCGCAAUCGUCGCCAUAGUAAGCACUGUGUCAUCAUUCUCAAUCGUCGCAUUCUAA